UAUAAAUGAACAGCUGCAGAUAAAUCAUGCAAUCAUUAAGUAGUUGAAGCUUAACUAGUUCGGUAAUGUUUCCCACAUUUGACCCAGAAACUAAAGUAUGGAGCGGUCCUCAGCAGCCUCCAAUUUACAAUCCCGAGGCCAGUUUUGGUCAAAUUUUGCUUACCACGCUAAACCGGAACCCAACAAAAGUUAUUCAGAUUGACGGUGAUACGGGACGUACAAUGACCUGUGAGGAGAUGCGACUGAGAGCGAUACGAGGAGCCCAGAAUCUGACGUCGCUAGGAUACAAACAGGGCGAUAUGGUCGCAAUGGCUUGUGCCAACAGUGAGAAUGUUGCACCGAUGGUUGUGGCACUAUUGACCAUUGGUGCGCCGUUAAACACACUAGCACCAAAUUACGGACUGGAUGAUUUGGUUCAUAUGCUGGGAAUCACACAACCAAAGCUGGUGUUCUGUGAUGUUAGUAACUAUGAAACGGUGAAGAAGGCGAUUAAUUUAUCAGUAAAACAGACUCCGGAAAUAUACGUAUUUGAAAGUGAUUCGAUUGAUGUGAAAAGUGCUGAUGAUCUUUUGAAGGAAACUGGAAAAGAGUUGAUGUUUUUCCCACCGUUUCUUGGAAGCUCCCAAACGCAAGUAGGCUUAAUCCUAUGUUCGUCCGGAACGAUGGGUCUGCCAAAAGGCGUAUCUCUAUCUCAUGCUCACCUGAUUACGGCUUAUGGACACGGUUUCGUACAGAGCAGUUGGGGGCUUGCGUUCAAUUUCAGUGCAUUAUAUUGGGCCUCUGGAGUUUACUUUCUGCUGCAUUCCCUUGUAAAUGGUGAUCCAAGGUUGAUCACAAGGAAAUCAUUCAGCGCAGAUGCUUUCUAUGACCUGCUGGAGAAAUAUCCCAUCCGAUGCUUCCUUACUCCGCCAGCUUACGCCCAUCUUCUACUACGUGAUCCUCGUGCCAAAACUGCCAAAUGGUCAUCGAUUGCCGUCUGGUCUAUCGGUGGUUCCUUUGUCCCAGAGAAAAUCCGUUGUGCUAUAGAUAAUGUGCUACCAAACGGGAAGACAUGCAUUGGUUACGGUAAUUCUGAAACGGCGGGCGCUACUUUUGAUAUGUGGAAGCAAAAACCAAACUCUGUGGGACUUUUGAUGCCAAAUUUCAACGCCAAAAUUGUCGAUGAAGAUGGAAAUUCUCUAACCAAUGGAAAGCAAGGGGAGCUUUUGCUAAAAUUCAACGUGAGCAUACUUGGAUACUAUAACAACCCGGAGGCCACAGCUGCCGCUAUCGAUGCGGAGGGAUGGUUUCACACGGGAGAUAACGCCUACUUUGAUGAGGAAGGCUUUCUGUUCCUGACGGAUCGGAAGAAGGAAUUGCUGAAGUACUUGGGCUAUCAAAUCUCCCCCACAGAUCUGGAAGCGAUUGUGAGCCGAAUUGAUGGCGUUGAACAAGUGUGUGUCGUUGGGUUACCAGAUGAAUAUCAAACUACCGAUUUACCUGCUGCGGUGAUUGUGAAGACGGAAGGAAACGAAUUGACGGAAGAGGACGUACUGAGAAUAGUUCAUGAGCAAGUGGCAGACUAUAAGAAACUGCGUGGAGGUGUAUUUUUCUUGUCACAGUUUCCUUUGACAUCUAAUGGGAAGGUUUUGAGAAGAGAACUAAGGGAAAUUAUUUUGAAUAUGGUUAAUUCCAGGACGUAACUUAGAACUAAGAAAAUAGAUAAGUGUAGAUAAUUUAA